UUAGUAUCAGAAAUUCAGUUAACGUUGAACCUUCGUACAGAUCAGUUGAAAUCAAAAUUCUAAAUGAGAAUUCAAGUGAAAAACAUAAUAAUAAAACAAUCGUGCUGAGUUAAUGCUUUAAGAGACAAAAUAAAAUUGAAACAAUGGCCUACGACAAUCCAGCUGUAGUUAUCAGCGAUUUAACUGACACCAUGCCUUCAGAGUUAAAGGGUAGUUAUAGAGGAUCAAAUGAAUUUAUAUUAACGAACGACGAUGACAGACAUAAAACGUCCGAAACCAUCAAGUCUUGGCUUUCAAAGAAAUACCAUGGUGUAGCCAGGAAAAAAGUGUUGUACAAACGAUUACCAAUCAUAAGUUGGAUGAAAUCUUAUUCACAGCAAGAUGCUGUUGGAGAUUUAGUAGCAGGCAUUACGGUCGGAUUAACGGUAAUCCCUCAAGCUUUAGCUUAUUCAGGCAUUGCUGGACUCGAUCCUGCCUACGGUCUCUACGGUUCAUUCAUGGGUUGUUUUGUAUACGUACUACUUGGCUCCAAUGCAAACGUUCCAAUGGGACCAAGCGCAAUCUCAUCAUUGCUAACAUUCCAAAGUGCUGGUGGUGUAUGGCAGCGGGCUGUCCUUUUGUCAUUUUUAACUGGCAUCGUUGAAAUUUUAAUGGGGUUGUUCGGACUCGGCUUUUUAAUAAAUUUUGUGUCGGGACCAGUCAGUUCGGGUUACACGAGUGCAGUAUCAUUAAUUAUUUUAUCGUCACAAGUAAAAGAUUUGCUGGGAAUACCUGGAUCAGGUCAAACGUUUGUGGAGAUGUGGAAGUCCGUAAUUGCAAAUAUUCAUCACACACGAAUUUUGGACACAGUGCUGGGAUUCUCAUGCAUCAUAGUCCUGCUGCUAAUGAGACUGCUUACACUUCGAAAACCAUGUCCUGCCAACGCGUCAAAGAGUGAGUUCUUCCUCAGUAAACUGUUCUGGCUGAUAGGAACGGCGCGAAAUGCCAUAAUAGUCGUUAUAACCGGAGUUAUAGCGUAUGUUUGUUAUCAAACCGACAAAAGCUACUUCAGAUUGAUUGGUGACAUUCCGCCCGGUUUGCCACCGUUCCAAAGUCCUCCAUUUUCCAUACCGGAUGUACGAAACGAAACCACCGGCGAAGUUAUAACCAAAGGAGAAACAUUCAUGGAAAUGGUGUCACAUUUGGGGUCGGGAUUGAUUGUCAUUCCGUUGAUCGCGUUGUUGGAGAAUAUUGCCGUUUGUAAGGCAUUCGCUAAAGGGAAGACUAUUGAUGCGACCCAAGAACUGAUUGCCAUUGGUGCUUCAAAUGUAGUAAAUUCUUUCGCGUUGGGAUAUCCCGGAACUGGGUCGUUAUCUCGUGGCGCUGUCAAUAAUGCGAGUGGUGUAAGAACGCCACUCGGAAAUUUAUACACCGGGCUCUUAGUUCUAUUUGCGCUGCUCUUCUUGACACCAAUGUUUUUCUAUAUCCCGAAAGCAGCAUUGGCGGCUGUUAUCAUAGCUGCCGUAAUAUUUAUGGUCGAAGUCAAAGUCGUUAAGCCGAUGUGGCGUAGUAAAAAAACGGAUCUUAUUCCUGGUCUUGCCGCAUUCUUUGCCUGUUUGGUAUUCCCAUUAGAAAUUGGUAUUCUCUUCGGAAUCGGUAUUAACGUUGUCUUCAUACUCUACCACGCUGCACGACCAAAGAUUCGCAUCGAAUAUCUGGCUACAUCCGCACACGCUACCAAAUACCUUAUGCUAACACCGGACCGAUGCCUCAUUUUCCCAUCGGUCGACUAUGUUCGGAAAUUGAUAUCAAAACAGGGAAUCCGUACACAAGUACCGAUAGUCAUAGAUUGCUCGCACAUUUACGGCGCCGAUUUCACAGCAGCCAAGGUUAUUGAAAUUUUGAUCGCAGACUUCAGAAGUCGAAAUCAACCUUUGAUAUUCUACAAUUUGAAACCGAGUGUCGGCCAAGUGUUUGACGAUGUCAGCGAUGAUUUUAGAGUAUUCUACACCCACGAUUCGUUGGAGGAGGAAAUCGAACGAAAGUUACUACCACAUUAAUCUCAUUAUUUUUUUGUGCUAAUUAUCUACAAGUGAGUUACUGUUAAGUCGAUAAUCUUUAUUUAUUCUAAAUUAUUUUUUGUUGCCGAAGCUAUUCUAGCUGUUCAACAAAACGCUUUAGUCCCUAGUAGAAAUUUGUUUCAUUUUCCUAUUGGAAAAAUUCCCACUUCCACGUUGGAAUUUCUCCAUAAUUUCCAAGUAAAUUCCGUGGAAAAAUGUUUACAAAUUGCAACGAAGUUCCAAUAUAGGUUGAACUGUUACACAUGUAUUAGUUGUAAACACAAUUGAUCGUAUAUUGCUUCAUUGGUAAACACUAUACCGUAAACGGCUCAAUUUUUUUUAUCAGAUUUUCUUUACCACACGAUUAAUAAAAUCAUAUUGUGCAUAAUGUUUUCAUGAACUAUUUUGCAAAAAGUUCUUUUUUAUACACGAUAUCAGCAUGAUAUAAAUUAGCAAAGUUGACGAGAAGCCAAUCAAAAUAUUGAAUUUGUUGUUAAACUGUCAUUUUGACUUUGAGGGUUAAGUAACACUACCAGUGGAAAGUACCCACCCACAUCAAAAUUAUGUUCCUGUUUUUACCAUCAGUAGUGGUGUCUUCUGAAUGUAUAGUACACCAAUCGAUUGCAGUUGAUGAAAAAAUUGUCAAUUGGAUAAAAGCAUCUAAUUCGAACGAUAAUAAAUCCUUAGUAGGUGUCGAUGUAUAGUAACAAUCAAAGUCAAAUGUAACAUGAAAGUUUAGCUCACCCAAAGAACCGUGUUGAAACAUUAGGGUCUAUUCUUUGGGAUAAAAUGGACUGUUGCAGUGAGAAAAAUGUACAUUGAGUGGCCGAGUACGCUAAGUCGUUAGGCUAGUGAUAUGUGCACCGUGGGUUCGAUCCCACGACGAGUCAAAGACGAUAUAAAUUAUAAUCGUGUAUUCAAUAACAAAAGUUCAAAAGUUACAAAAUACGAGUUAUCGUAUUUUUUGUCGGACUGGUCGGUUGAUAAAAAA